AUGGCACAAGUUGACGAUUUCGAGCAGAUAUCCAAAAAUAUAUACAAAAAUCACAAAGAACAUGAGAAAAACAUCAAAGAAAAUAGAGUUAAAACUUCAAUAAUCAGUUUGGCAGACUUUUAUGAGGGUUAUCAGCGUGAGGUAAAGGAAAUAAACGCGGAAAUUACUCCUUCGAAAGAUAAUCCGACUGUGACGGAUUUCGCGGACAUAUUCAAAGCAUUCGAGGAAUAUCCUUGCAAUUUGCAAAAACCAAAGCGCCCCCCAUCAAGAGAACAGCAGCAGCGCAUGAAUUGUACUUUGGCGCGUGAUAUGACUGUGAUCAACUCGCGUGAGCAAUCACCUUGUAGCACCUCACUACAGAAUAUUAUGCGUAACACAGCAGAGCUGCCUUCAGCCUUUGAAAUCUACAAUAACUUUAGAAAUUUUCAGCAAAAGCUCACACGGUUUUUGGCAGAGGUACAGCAACUAGAGUUUGCAAGUUCAUAUGAAACUAAGCUCGAUCAAUUGUGUGCAUUUGGAAAGCAGUUGGAGAAAUUGCGGCCAACCACCAGUAAUGCAGAACAAGCCCUGACGGUUGAAGAAGAAGCGAAACUUCAAACGAUUCUUAGCAACCUGGAGGAGCUUAAUUACAUACGCGAAAAUCAAGAAAUUUUUUCAAAUGGCACGCCCACUGCAAAUGCACAGUCUGCGCGUACUGAAAGCUUCAUGAAUUUAAUAACAUAUUUAUUGAAUACUAUUUCAAAUAUGUAA